AUUUUGCUUUGUGAGAGAGAGAGAAAGAGAAAAUAAAAAAGAGGUGAAGUUUCUUUCAACUCAACUCAAGUGUGAAGAAGAGUGAGAGAAAGAGAAAGAGAAAAGACAAUAAUGGGAUCUCAAACUCAGCAACACCAUCGCUACUCUUCUUCAUUCUAAAUCUUCUCUUCAGGUGCCAUUGUUUUGCAGUGUUACUUUGAGUACUGCAUCAGCGAAGCCAACUAGUACGGUUUCUUAUUCAGUUGCUUCUUUUGGGCUCAUUUGAAAAGAUAUCUGUGAUGGGUUCGAGGUUCCCAUCUCAUCAGCUAAGCAAUGGCCUGUAUGUAUCGGGCCGUCCUGAACAGCCGAAAGAAAGGACUCCAACAAUGAGCUCAGUUGCUAUGCCUUAUACCGGCGGUGACAUCAAGAAGUCAGGAGAAUUAGGGAAAAUGUUUGAUAUCCCUAUGGAUGGUUCCAAAUCUAGAAAAUCUGGUCCAUUAAAUAACGCUCCUUCAAGGACUGGAUCGUUUGCUGGCGCUGCUUCGCACUCUGGACCUAUUAUGCAAAAUGCAGCAGCUCGUUCGGCGUAUGUCACGUCAGGUAAUCUAUCUGCUGCAGGCAUGUCUACUUCAGCCUCAAUGAAAAGGACAAACUCAGGUCCGUUGAAUAAACAUGGGGAACCGGUUAAGAAGUCCUCUGGUCCUCAAUCAGGUGGUGGCACACGCCAAAACUCGGGUCCAAUACCUCCAGUUCUUCCAACAACUGGUUUGAUUACAUCUGGCCCGCUGAAUUCCUCUGGGGCUCCAAGGAAGGUUUCUGGUCCAUUAGAGUCCUUAGGGUCAAUGAAAUUAAAUAGUGCUUCUGUUGUUCAUAAUCCAGCUGUGACUACUCUCAGUGUGGAUGAUGAAUAUUCCUUCAGGAAGAACUUCCCAAAGCCAAUAUUGUGGUCUGUGAUUCUGAUUUUUGUUAUGGGAUUCAUUGCUGGAGGUUUUAUUCUUGGAGCUGUCCACAAUGCCAUACUCCUUAUUGUUGUAGUAAUUCUUUUUGCUGCGGUAGCGGCAUUAUUCACUUGGAAUAGUUGUCGUGGAAGGAAAGCUAUUGUUGGUUUCAUUUCUCAAUAUCCCGAUGCAGAGCUGAGGACAGCCAAGAAUGGACAGUUUGUGAAAGUUUCUGGGGUGGUAACAUGCGGCAAUGUUCCAUUAGAGUCCUCCUUUCAAAAAGUUCCAAGAUGUGUAUAUACAUCCACUAGCUUGUAUGAAUAUAGAGGAUGGGAUUCAAAAGCAGCUAACUCUAAACAUCGCCGUUUUACCUGGGGACUUCGUUCAACUGAGAGGCAUGUGGUUGAUUUUUACAUCUCUGACUUCCAAUCUGGAUUGAGAGCUUUGGUUAAAACAGGGUUUGGUGCAAGGGUGACUCCUUAUGUUGAUGAUUCCGUUGUAAUUGAUGUUAAUCCGGAGAAUAAAGACAUGUCCCCCGAUUUCCUUCGAUGGUUAGGGAAGAGAAACCUUUCUAGUGAUGAUCGUAUCAUGCAGUUAAAAGAAGGGUACAUAAAAGAAGGUAGCACGGUUAGUGUAAUGGGAGUUGUUCAUAGAAAUGACAAUGUACUUAUGAUUGUGCCUCCGCCUGAGCCUUUGACGACCGGAUGCCAAUGGGCGAAAUGUAUUUUUCCAGCCAGCCUUGAAGGUAUUGUUUUGAGAUGCGAAGAUACAUCAAAGAUUGAUGUGAUUCCAGUGUAGUUAUCUUCUUAUCCCCUGAGUGAGUGAGUCUCUCUAGGUUCUAUUCUUCUUUGAGAAAACAAAUUGAUGGUGGUGGUUGGUGGGUGGUUGUUGUUUGUAUUUUGUAAGCAUAUAUGUGUUGUUGGUAAGUCAGUGUGAUCUUGCUGCCAUUUACAUCCGUGAAUUUCCUUUUGUUUCAUACUCAACUCCUCCUUAGUUUGUUGUAUAGCUAAUGACAAUUCUUAUUCGUUUAUUUUUCCUUGAGAAUUUCAAACUUUUUGAAUGGAUAUGAUUUCUUAUAGUGACAAGUAAGUAAUGUAUAUUCAUUUGAACUUUCUGUUUCGAUCUGUUGAUUAAUGGAAUAUAUCAUGCACCAUAAUUUUGUA